CCACAUAGCAACUCAACCACAUCAGCAGCAUCUUUGUCGUCGAGUGACGUAACAGGAGCAUGGGGGAGGAAGUGGAGAAGCAUAUUCUGCGCAAAUACGACUUGCUGCAAAAGCUGGGCAAGGGCGCGUACGGAGUUGUGUGGAAGGCGCUGGACAAGUCGACUCGGCAGCCCGUGGCUCUCAAGAAGUGCUUCGACGCAUUUCGAAAUGCCACCGAUGCCCAGCGCACGUUCCGCGAAGUCAUGUACCUGCAAGAACUCAACGGGCACAACAACAUCAUCCGGCUGCUCAACGUGAUCAAGGCCGACAACGACCGCGACAUUUACCUCGUGUUUGACUUUAUGGAAACGGACCUCCACGCGGUUAUACGGGCCAACAUCCUCGAAGAAAUACACAAAAAGUACGUCACGUACCAGCUCAUCAAAGCGCUCAAGUUCAUGCACUCUGCGGAUCUAUUGCAUCGAGACAUCAAGCCGAGCAACUUGCUCUUGAACGCCGACUGCCACACCAAACUGUGCGACUUUGGCUUGUGUCGGUCCGUGUCGGAGCUCGGUGGACCCAGCCCCGUGCUGACUGACUACGUCGCCACCCGAUGGUACCGCGCGCCGGAGAUUCUCCUUGGCUCCACGCGGUACACCAAGGCCGUCGACAUGUGGGCCGUGGGGUGCAUCGUCGCAGAGAUGGUGUCUGGCCGCCCGACCUUUCCCGGAACGUCCACGAUGAACCAGCUGGAGCGCAUUCUGGAGGUCACGGGGGCCCCAACCGCGGCCGACAUCGAGAGCAUCAAGUCGCCGUUCGCAGCGACCAUGUUGGAGAGCUUGCCACCGCCCAAGACGCAAACCCUCGAAGAGUUGCUGCCCAAGGCGACCCCGGAAGCCAUCGACAUGAUUCGCAAAUGCCUUUACUUUGAUCCGACCAAGCGCAUCUCGGCCGACGACGCAAUCAAGCAUCCGUUCGUGACCCAGUUCCACAACGACAAGGAAGAGCCCGUGGCGAAUGCACCGUGCCAGAUCGUUGUGGACGACAACACCAAGUACUCGGCCGCAGAUUACCGUGACAGAUUAUACCGCGAGAUCAUCAAGAAGAAGAAGGAAGUGCGCCGCCAAAGCACGCAGCAAACCAUAUCAGAUGCAACCACCGCGCCCUCCUCUGCCGCUAAUGUAAAGUAACGACACACACAGUGCCUUCGCAUCUACUGGCGUCCUGCCAACCGCCGCCGCCACCACACAUGUGCCAUAGCUUUCUUCUUUUUCAAAUACAUGCCAUACAUCCUACCAAACAGGCAGGACAUGGGUUCUUCCCUUUUCACCUCAC